UUGAGAACUUGAAAAAAUAAAGUAUACCUUUUAACAUAGCAUACUUCUCAGCAUAUAAAUAAAAUAAAGUUAAAAUUUGAAAAAUGUUAAAAUCGGAAAUGCAACAUCAAUUUUGGAUUACCAAAAAAACUGUUCAAAGGAAACUUGGUUCUAAGGAGGACGAACAUAUUAUUUCUUCCGAUGCGGAACUUGAUGCUAAAAUUGAAGUUUUUAAAUCAAUAUCUGCAACUAGUGUAGAAUUAUCGAAAAUAAUUGAUCAAUACCAAGAAAGACUUUGCAUAUUGUCGCAAGAAGAAAGUGUAUUUGGUCGAUUUCUGAAAGAAGCUGGAAAAAGAAGUAAAACAACUGGCCAAAGUAUUACGAACACUGGGAAAGCAGUUUCUUAUUGUGGCCAACAGAGAAUGUGUGUACGCGUUCCACUCUUGAGAUUGCAACACGAAGUGGAUGUUUUUCGUUAUCGCGCUAUUACUGAUACCCAAAACACUAUUACUGCUAUGGAAAAGGAGCGGACGGAGUAUAGAGCAGCAUUAGAAUGGAUGAAAUCUGCAAGUACUGAACUUGACCCAGAUACAGGUCGAGGAUUAGAAAAAUUUCGAACAGCUCAAUCCCACGUACGAAAUGCAAAACAACUUUUCGACAAUUUGUCCAUGGAUUCUAUUCAAAAGAUUGAUCUACUAGCAGCUGCAAGGUGCAAUAUGUUCUCGCAUGUAUUAGUUUCUUACAUGUCCGAACUGAAACAAUUUGCACAGAAGACAAAUACAACAUUUGAGGCAAUUUCAAAGGCUCUGGAACAAAGGCCAAAAUAUGAUUUUUGUGUCCUGAAGGAAUUGACACAACAUGAAGGAAAUCCUGAAAAGUUAAACGACAGUAAGGGAUCACCGUUCGAUAAAGACCAAUCAUUAUUUUUUGCAGAUGAUUUCGUCGACAAUAACGAAUCAAAUGUCAAUGACAAUCAGUCAAAAGGGGAUAAUAUUAUUGAAUUACCAGAUGAUACAUUAGUUGAAUUAUGCAAUCAUUCUGAAAAUGAAAAUAUUAUGGACUUGUAUGAUCAAAAUCUAAACGAAUCUGCUCGGGAACCUAGCACAUUUAGCGAAACGACAGAGUUACUUUCAAAAAUAUUGAACGCAAAAGUAUCGGUAUCAACAGAACAGACACCACUAUUACCAAUGAACUCUGACACAGGAGAUUCAGCACUCAUGGAAAGUAAAUGUUUAGAAAAAGAUGUUUCUUUACGAUCAUCCCAAGUUUGUUCGAACGAGAAGAGAAAACCUAUAAAAAACAUGAAAACAAAUCCUUGGAUAGAACUUUUUGCCGAUCUUGAUCCACUAGCUAAUCUUGAAGCGUUCGAUUUAAAAUUAAGUGGGGAUAGUAAAAACUUUCAACAAACUUAAAUUUCGUAUUUAUUUUAUUAAUUUUACAAUUUCAUUUACAAAUAGCACAGAUCUAGUUUGAAUGAGAUUUUGAAUAAGAUUUUUGAUACAAACUACAUCAAUAUUUUUUAUAAUGUUUAGUUUAUGUAAAUGUUAAUAAAGUGUACAAGAUUUUAAUUACAAUACAGUUGUUUAUUGUAACAUAAAGCGGCAAGAAAUAAAAUUACAAUUAAAAUAAUCUUAAAUUAAUAUACAUAAAUUAUGAACUAGAAAAUUUUAAACCCUGUUUACAGUUCACCCAAAGCGACGAUAUAUUAGUUAGGUUUUGACCAUUGUGUUAUUUUCUGAAAAAUUUGUCAUUAUAAAACUUAGAACUAUGUAUAUACAUAUGUAUGGAAUUUAACAAUGAUCAGUUAUUGUGCUCAUAUUUUUUUGAAAUCUCAUUCAAACGGAAUUGCAAUGUAAGUGUAAAUGGGGUAUUAUUUGCGUUUAUUCAAAAUCAUGUUUAUUGUUAAAAUAAUAGUAAUUAUAUAUUUUUUAAUAAAAAAUAUUGA